AUGGUGCUAAACGACCAAAUUGCGGUGGACCCCGUUCUCUACGAUCUGGGGAACGAGUAUAGCGUCAACGACUGGCAAUCAGAGACCACAUCGAUCGCGUCCGCGGUGUAUCGGGGCUUCAUGGAGAAUGGCCGAAGGUUCGAGUGUGAAAUAGCUGGGGCUCAAUUGAAUAUUGUCAAUAACAAGUCCACCAGAUAUGAAAAUCUCAAGCAAUUUACAUAUGCUGUCGCCGUCGACGACAAGCAAUUCGAGGCAUACGAAUGCAUUCAUAUCGUGGCUCUUCUAUCAGAAAUAAGAUCGGAUAAUCCGUAUUUCAUCUCCCCGAUCGGAGAUUCCCCCAAGCACAUUCUAGAUCUUGGAACCGGCAAGGGUACAUGGGCUAUUGAAGUUGCCGAUCGAUUCCCCAACACCACCGUCCGUGGAGUGGAUCUAUUUCCACCCCCAGUGAACUGGAUGCCACCAAAUUGCGUCCUGGAGGUAGACGAUGUGUUGCAGGAAUGGACCUGGCGCGACCCGUUUGACCUCGUCCACAUGCGCAUCUUAGAUUCCGCUUUCACCCCUGAAGAAUCGGAUCGCGUGUAUAAGCAAUGUUAUGAAAAUAUUCGACCGGGCGGCUGGAUCGAGCAUCUCGGUCCCAGCAUGUACGUGGAAUGUGACGACGGCAGUGUGCCGACAGACAGCAUUUUGUUUGGAUUUGGCGACUUAAUAAGUCGCGCCGCCGAGAAAAUGGGCCGGCCCAUCAAUAUUUGUCAGACUUUUCGAGGGGCCAUUGAGAAGGCUGGUUUCGUGGAUAUCCAGGAGAAAGUCUACAAGUGGCCGAUCGGGCCAUGGCCGAGAGAUAAGUUGUUGAAAGAGAUCGGGGCUCUAAAUUUUCAUCAUUGGUCAAACGGUUUGGAAGGCUAUAUCAUGUUCGUGCUGACCAGGUUCGGGGAGCCGGUGCCCUGGUUGAAGGAUGAGGUCCUUGUCUAUGCAGCCAAAAUCCGUUCAGAGUUGGCCAAUCCACGACACCACGCUUAUCACAGAGCGACGAGGAUAUGGGCCAGAAAACCGUUCACUUCGGAACAAAAUAGCGUCGAGAUCAAGUCAGAGCAAGACUAG